AUGCCAUCUUUCGCCUCAAACAUGCAGAUGAUCAUGGUGCUGCUCAUUGCGAUUUUGAUGGUAGCUGAAGCUUUCAUGGGCAACAACAACAUGAACAACAACAAGAACAACAACAAUCACAGGGAACGACCUGUCAAACUGAGAAUACACAGACAAGCCGUUCAGAAAGUCAAGACUUUGAUUCCAAAAGAAGACUUGAAUAACAAACAACAACGAAAAGAACCAACGUGGUUACUCCAAGAGUAUAUGCAACUUCCUGCGGCUCAAUAUGCCUGUGUACCCUUGCCAAUUAAUGGUUCUUUGGAACGGGUCCACGGCUCUGUUGACGAGUUUACCUUGCAAGUUCCUCCCAUUCGGUUUCCCAUUUCGACAAAAGAUGGAGGAGACAUUGAGAUAAUCCCCAAAGUACGGGCCAAGGUUACUGUGGAAUCCGACAAGGUAAUCAUUCAAUCCAUCUCGUGUUCCAUUGAAGGAUCCCCCGCAGUGGAAGAAUGGAAACUGAACGAUCGAUACGAUUUGGAUGUUUCUGCAACAUUGACGUGGGAAAAGCAACGGCAAGGCAUUCUGCACUUUUUAAGCGAUGAUGAUGAAGAAGAAGAACAAGCUAUUGAUGACGAAGAGCCGUAUGAUGAUUAUGAUAUUGGUGGCUCUUUGAAGAAGAAGACUCAUCCCAGGAGGUCGAGGUCGAAUUCAUCGUCAUCAUCAAGUAGGAUCGGUGCCUCCUCUACAUCAUCUUCACCGAUAUCAUCAUCAUCAUCAUUGGACUCUUCUUCUUGCCUGGUCACGUUGGAUCCCAACAACAAUACACAAGAUGUCAUUCGCAUCAAGACCGACAUGGCCAUUGAUGUGUAUCCACCAAAUGUCAAACGCAUUAAGAUGAUUCCCAAACGACUAUUGAGUAAGAUUGGCAACAUGGUCAUGAAAUAUGUUCUUGGAUUGUUGUUGGAAGCCUUUUUGGAAGGCUUGCAACAAGAUUAUGAAAAAUGGGCUUGCGAUGGUUCGUAUCGCAAGGAACGCAAAUUGUUGGAACAUGAAUUGCAAGUGGAACUAGACGAGUUGGCCGCAUUGGAGCGAAAGAAACUGAAACAAGAAGAACGUCAACAACGACGACAACGGCAGCGUCAACGACGUGAAGAUGAUAGUGGCGAUGGCGGAGGAAAUGGAAAUACCUUUCCUUCGUUCAACAACCUUCAAGUUGGCUUCUUGCAACGACGAAGAGCGUCUACGACUGCUACCGCUGCCACUGCCACUCAAAGAACAGCAGCUGGUGCAACCGCAGCAGCCACAAGGACCAAACCCAAUCUUCGACGAGGAGAACGAAUUAUUCGAUUGAUUCGUAGAAACAAUCAAAACCUCGCCCCAUGA